AUUUCAUAGCAAAACCUUACACACCUCCUUCAUUUCAACUCUCUCUCUGUCUCUCUCCAUAUAUCUAUAUUCUAUACUGUUCGCACAUUUUUAGAGAGCUAAACAAUGGCAUUGCCGAAUCAGCAAACUGUUGAUUAUCCGAGUUUCAAGCUUGUAAUUGUUGGUGAUGGUGGAACAGGGAAAACAACAUUUGUGAAGAGACAUCUUACAGGGGAAUUUGAGAAGAAAUAUGAACCCACCAUAGGCGUGGAAGUUCAUCCAUUGGAUUUCUUCACUAACUGUGGGAAAAUUCGGUUUUAUUGUUGGGACACUGCUGGGCAGGAGAAAUUCGGUGGCCUUAGGGAUGGCUACUACAUCCAUGGUCAGUGUGCUAUCAUCAUGUUUGAUGUAACUGCCCGGUUGACGUACAAGAAUGUUCCAACAUGGCACCGUGAUCUUUGCCGGGUUUGUGAGAAUAUCCCGAUUGUACUCUGUGGAAACAAGGUUGAUGUGAAGAACAGGCAAGUAAAGGCAAAACAGGUUACUUUCCACCGGAAAAAGAAUUUGCAGUACUAUGAGAUAUCUGCAAAGAGCAAUUACAAUUUUGAGAAGCCUUUUCUGUAUCUUGCCAGGAAACUUGCGGGGGAUCCUAACUUGCAUUUUGUGGAGUCUCCUGCCCUUGCUCCUCCAGAAGUGCACAUUGACAUGGCUGCACAGCAACAGCAUGAAGCUGAACUCGCCGCAGCUGCAAGUCAACCUCUUCCUGACGAUGAUGAUGACGCAUUUGAGUAAAUGAGGUGGGUUUUUGUUGUGCGUGCAAGUUGAUAUGGAUUGGCAUCCCAAGAGUUCCUUGGACGGAUUUCAUGCUCGAGCUUCUGUUAUUGCGGAUUUCGGAUUAUAUUCCGGAUGGUGAUAUAUAGGAGUUUUGUACUGUUAUUUGUCUGUCACAAAUGAAUUUAAGUUCUUGAUCAUGUUUCUUGUGUUGUAGUUGUGUUAUUUGGCACAAAUGAAUUUAAGUUCUUGAUCAUGUUUCUUGUGUUGUAGUUGUGUUAUUUGGCAACAGAGAACCACUACAUACAUGGCGAUAACAUAUUCAAAGUUAUCUGGUACCAACAUUGCCCUCUUUUAUUAUUUUCCCUAACUUUCCAGUUCUGUCUAACUUGAUCCUAGUAAAUGGAUUAAGCUCUGAGAGGCUUUAAUUUAGAGGAUUCUGAUGAAAGAUCAAGUGUAUUGACUUUUUGAUGGCAUUAUUCAAGCCAAAUAGUGAUGUAAUUUGCGAUCCAGUUUGAGCUCUAA